CUCUACCUCCUAUCCGUGCUCUGGUGAUGAUACCAUGGGCGCUCGAGACCCUGGUCACCUUCCCUUUCCAAGCUCACGAGAACUUCAGUUCUUCACGCAGGUUGGCGCUAGACCUCUCAUUCUUUGACUCGGCUUGCAUAUAUAUAACAGGAUAUCUACCUUCAUCUAGCCAUGUAGGACGAUCAUCACCCUAAGUAUACCGCAGUCUAUACAGCUGGUCUAUGACUUACACUCAUUCUUACCAAUUUCAGUUCUACUACAAGUGUACAUAUUCCUACAACAUCAUUAGAUCUACUUUACUUAUAUAAGGUGAUCGUUACCUCAACAACAACAUGUUCGUGAAAGUACUUACUUCCGUGCUGGCCUUAACGGCAUCAACCGUAUCGGCCGAGGGCGCACCCGGUUACGCAGGCUUUGGACUGGUCUGGGCAGAGACCUUCGAUGGUGCGGCCGGGUCUGCAGUCAACAGCAACAACUGGAACAUCAUCACGGGCCUCAAGGUCAACAACGAAUGGCAGACCUACACGACAUCCUCACAGAACCUCCAACUUAGCGGUGGUGCCACCGUACAGAUCGUGCCGCGCAAGGACAGCAGUGGCCAAUGGACUUCGGCACGUAUCGAGUCCAAGUAUACAUUCACGCCGCCAGCAGGCACGCAGACGAUGGCCGAGGCGAAACUACGAUUCGGCGACAACGACAUCGCGAACAAGCAGGGCAUCUGGCCCGCGUUCUGGCUCCUGGGUAACUCGAUCAAUAAUGGGGUAGGGUGGCCGACGUGCGGCGAGCUGGACGUUAUGGAAACGGUCAACGGACAGCUGACGGGCCACGGCACGGUCCACUGCGACGUGUACCCCGGCGGUGUAUGCAACGAGCCCAACGGCAUCGCCGGUACCAUCUCCAUCCCCGACCAGAGCUGGCACAACUGGCGUAUCGUAUGGGACCGUCGCGCUAGUAGUUGGACCGGCGAGACGAUUACAUGGUACAUGGACGGCCAGCAAUUCCAUCAGAUCUCCGGCUCUAGCAUCAACAACCAGGGCGUCUGGAACUCGCUUUCCAACUCGGCCAUGUUCUUCAUUCUCAACGUCGCUGUCGGCGGUGACUGGCCCGGCGCGCCCAACAGCGCCACCCUGGACGGGUACGGCAGCAUGAUGGAGGUUGCGUACGUCGCGCAUUACAUCGCGACUUAAUAAAUUAUAAAUUGAUAAACAUCGAAUCGGAAGGGUAACAGGGGACGGGGACGGGGCUGGGGCUGAAGGAGUUUGGGUUGAGAACUUGGGUCGGGUGGGAAUAUUCUUUGCAUUCUUCGUCCUUCGCUCCUGAACAUGUUUGAACUUUUUGCAUAUGCGAACAUUCGCUUCUUGUAUAUACUUGCGGAGGAUUUGUAUAUACUUACAUGCCUCUUUAUCUAUUUUUACCAAUCGAGAACAGUUCACAUGCGAGCUUCGAUAUUAUUGCGUGUAAAGAACCAACCCAUCCCCCCUAAGUCAUAUGGGAGUUAAUUAUGAGCACACACAUGACAAGGAUAAUAAGUUAAAUUAACUCGUAACUCUCAAUGCGCUAUACUCUCACUAUUUCCGUAUUACGUUUUGACUGAUUUUACUCUAUACCCACCACGUAGCUCAGCAAACCCCUGAAACCUAUCGAGAAACGUUAUAAAUACAUGAGGAAGUUAGUAACCACCAG